AUGGCUGAAAUAAAUAAGGAACUUCAAUUUAUUAUUCUUCAGUACUUCAAAAAUGAAGAAAAAAAAGAGUUGUUUUCUAGGGUUGGUAUGGAGUUAGGAAUUUAUUUCGAUGAGGCCUAUAUUAAAAAAUUAGUUAUUGAAGACCGAUUAUUUGAAUUAGAUACUCUUUUAAGUAAGUUUAUUCAUGAGGAUAUUGAAAGUGAAUUACUAGGACUUGUUUGUUUAAAAAAAUAUAUGAUGUACCGUGCUUUUUGUGAUGGAUGUCUAAGAGUUACAAAACAAAUAUAUUCUUGGCUCUUUAAUAAAGGACAAAAGUCAGAACAAAUUAAAAAGAGUAUUGAAUCAAUUUGUAUUCAUAUUCAUUUAGAUAAAUUUGAUAAAAGUCCAAUUAUUUCAGAAUAUAUGAAAGAUCUAGAUAAAAUUCGAACAGAACAAUUAGCAAAUGAUAUAAUUACUUCUUUAUUAAAAAGUGAACGUAUUCAAAAGUUAAGAGAAUUUCCAAAAAUUAGUGAUGAAAAUCUUUUAAAGAAGCUUAUUUCUAAAGGAAUAAGAUUUGAACAUAUUAAAAAUUGUAAAGGAAAUCCAAGGGAUGAUAUCACUAUUGUUUCACUAUUAAAUAUGACACAUGAAUGUCAGCCGAAUAGUUAUCAAAAUAGAAAAUCAAUUUUAAGAGAUUCUAUUAUUAUUCCAAAAAAUAUUUUUGGCUUAAGAACAGAAAUUGAAAUCAUUUCUAAUGACAAUAUCACUAAUAUUAAAAUUUUUGAUGAUACCAUUGUGUUUGUUAUUGGAACUAAAAUUAUUUGUGGAGUCAACAUACAAACUGGUAAAUCUAUCUUUAAGUUGGAACUUCCUCAAAUUAUUUCAUUUACUAUUAACUGUUCAAUUCUUGCUAUUUCUACUUCAACACAAGUAUUAAUUUAUUUACUUGGUCAAAACCUUCAGAUUAUUAAAAUAAUUGAAUGUCAAAAUAUUUCUUCAAUAGCACUCAUCAAUACUGAUAUUAUUGUUUCUGAUUCAAAACAGUGUUUUGUUUAUAACUAUUUCAAUGAUCAACCAACAUUCGUAUAUCUAGAUUGUAUUGAGAUUAUUCCAAUGAAAUUACCCAAUACCUUUGGGUUAAUCAAAGGGAAUGAGUUUUGUGUUUUUAAUAAAAAGCUAGAAAAUGGAUAUGAAAUGAUAUUUCAUUAUCAAUUCAAUGAACCAAUCAAAACUGUUAUUGACAAUAAUAUUAUUGUUACUAUAUCAAAUAAAUACGCAUUAGUUCCACAAACACACCACUUUAAUAUUAAUAUUCAUGAUAACUUUUAUCCAAUUGUCUCUGCAAAUAAAGAAAAUAUAUUCAUUUUAAAAGAAGAAACUCUUUGUUGUAUUAAUUCACUCACAAAUAAGGAAAUUUCACAUAUUUCAAUACCUAGAGAAACAAUCAUUGCUUCAAAUGAUAAUGUUGUCAUAAUUAAAGCAAAAACAAUUGAAAGUAUAACAAUAUAUAAUAUUAAUCCUUCAUAUUCUAUGAUAAACCUCAUUGACCCUGUUUCUGCAGUAAAUAAUAAAUAUUACAAAUUAAAAGAAAUAACUCCAGAAACAGAACAAAAUAAAUUAUCAGUACACCAACAAAAUACAGUAAGUGUUAACACAUCUAUUUAUCCAAUAAAACGAAGGACUGAAUCUUUACCAAUACCAGUUAGUGAAAAAAAAAGACUUGAAGAAGUUUCAAAAGAAUCUGUUGCAACAACAUUUGAUGAUUUAAUUAAUGAAAAAGUUUCAUCUAAAUGGGUAUUAAAAGAACAACAGAAAUUAGUUAAUAUCAAAAGUGUUAUUAAGAAAUUCCAUUUUAUUUCUCACAAACAAUUUAUGGUAUGUGAAACUGAAGAAAAAUCAUUUUUCUUAUUCAAGUUGAAUGAAAAAAAUUAUGAAAGAUUUAUAUCUAAAACAAAUCAAGAGCCAGACAUAGCUGUUUCAAAAGAAAUCAAUCAAUAUGGUCCAUUUGGCGAAAUGACAAGAAAUGGAGGAUAUUUUAUUUAUUGGGAUGGAACAUGUUGUACGUUAGUUAGGUCUCAUCUUCAAAAGAGUGUGACUACUUUUUGUGAAUGUCCAUUAUCACAUCCAACAUUAAGUAGCUUAGGAAUUUUCCCCAUGGAUUCAAAUAGCAUUCUUGUUGGUUUUGAUGAUGGGAAUAUUAUUAUUUACGAAGCAAAUAGAAAGUUUUCUAUUAUCCAGUUACCCGAUCCAGUCCAUGAUAUAGUUUCAAAUUUUAUCUUCUACAAUCAAGAAGAUAAAAAAGAAAUAACUACUAAAUUCAUUGUUCUCCAUGAGAAUGGAAUUGUUGAAGAACUACUUUAUGAUAGAAAAAAUAAACAACUUAGUAAAACAAAUUGGUGUGUUGACUUGAAACCUCAGAAGUUAGUUUAUGGAUUUAUUGAUUCACCAAAUCAAAAGUUAUAUGUUGUUGGUAAAUAUUGUUUAAAUCAAAUUGAUUUAUCUACAAAAGAGGUUAAAAAAGUAACAUUCACUGAUGUUAUUUCGAGUGUUGCCUUAUCUCGUAAUAAUAGAAAUCUUGUUGUUGUUAUGAAAGGUUCAUUAUAUAACGUUAGCUUAGAAAAUAUUAUCGAAUAUUUACCAAUAGAAAAACCAUCAGAAAUUAAUGAGGUUAAAUGGAUAGAGCCUUAUGAGCAAGACUCUUUUGCUAUUUCAUGUAACGGUGGUGAUAUUAGAAGUUGUUUUUUUGAAGAGAUCUCCUCAAAGUAA